CGAGCCAGCAAGGUGGUGGCACGCAAGGCAAGCCCCAUGGAUGGGCAGCUGUUCCUCAUCAAGCACCUGCUCAUUCUGCGAGAGCAGAUCGCCCUUUUGAUGUGGAUUUUGCAGUCACUGUGAAGGAACUAGACUUUGCACACACACUGGAUCACCUGCGGCGAGUGCUGAGAGGCCAGGCGUCCUUCCUCAGCCUCACCUCAGGCGACUCUUUCCUGCGCUUCUCCCCCCGGGUCACCGAGAGCCACAUCGACGCCAAAAAGGAGCUGGAGAAGCUACUCAAGUCCACGUGCGAGCAGCUGAUUAUGUCCGUCACCAAGCUCACUGUCGAGCCCAUCCUCUCCUUUAUCACCAAGGGUCAGCUCUCGCUCUCAAGGCCCGGGGGGGGGAUGCAGCAGCAGCAGGAGGAGGAGGGGGCGCAUGCAGGGCAACGCCUGUUGAGGGAGCAAGCGUUUGCCUCACCAGAGAAGCUGGCGCAAGUGGUGAAACAGGUGGACGAGGCUCUCAAGGUGUCGCUCCCAGAGGUGGUGGCCAACAUGGCUCUCUACCUGCCACAUGCCGCCACUCGCGCCAUCCUCUUCCGGCCCAUCAAGUCGAACAUCCUGGAAGCACACGCGCAGCUGCAGUCACUGGUCGAUUCAGAGUACACAGAGGAGGAUAGGGCUGUGGUGGGUCUCAUCUCCUCUGCUGACCUUGUCACCUUCCUUGAUGGCCUCACCUGA